AUGACUUUCAUCUGGGUUACAUGCUUGACAUUCUUGUGGGUUGUUCCUAACGGUCUAAUUGCCAUCUUCUUAGCCAACUUGCACAAUUUGGGUCUUGUGUGGCCGGAUUUCCAGACUUCGAUGAACGCAAACCCGAACGUGUGGGCUGCUGUUCAGGGUAUUGCCUCACCCGCGCUUACUUCGCUGGUUUAUCUCGUGCUUCCGAUCAUUUUCCGUCGACUUUCUAUCAAGGGAGGUAGCAAGACCAAAACAUCCCGUGAACGUCACGUUCUGGGUCACCUUUAUGCCUUCUUCGUGUUCAACAAUCUGGUUGUCUUCUCGCUCUUCUCGGCUGCUUGGACUUUCGUGGCUACCGUAGUUGAAAAGACCAACACCGAUCAUGAAAAUGCUUGGCAAGCCAUCGUUGAUAGCCGGUUUUACGCUACACUGAUCUCUGCGCUCUGCAAUGUUUCGCCGUUCUGGGUGACCUACCUUUUGCAGCGAAACCUUGGUGCUGCUAUUGAUCUCGUUCAGCUCGUCAACAUGGUCUGGGUCUGGUUUGCUAGGACGUUCCUUUCGCCGACACCUCGGCAGUCCAUUGAAUGGACUGCGCCUCCGCCGUUCGACUAUGCCAGCUACUACAACUACUUCCUCUUCUAUGCUACUGUUGCUCUCUGUUAUGCAACCCUGCAGCCAAUUGUGUUGCCUGUGACAGCCUUGUACUUUGGCGUUGACGCCAUGCUGAAGAAGUACCUACUGAUGUACGUCUUUGUUACCAAGAACGAAUCCGGUGGUUUAUACUGGCGAGUUUUGUUCAAUCGCCUGGUCUUCGCCACCAUCCUCGCCAACGUUAUCAUCGCUUUCGUUGCCAAGUCCAACGGCACCUGGACCAUGGUGUUCUGCGUCAUUCCCCUGCCUUUCCUCAUGAUCGGUUUCAAGAUCUACUGCAUGAAGACCUUCGAUGCCGACAUCGAGUACUACAACCGCGCCAAUCUAACAGACGCCGAGGCAUUGGGCGUGGGAAAGUCCAGCAAGAAGGCAGCCGAACGUCUCAACUCCAAAUUCGGCCAUCCAGCCCUGUACAAACCUCUUAUGACCCCAAUGGUUCAUGCCAAGGCCGCCGAAGCCCUGAAAGAAAUCUAUCAAGGCCGCCUCGACCAAGGCGACACAGCAGGGGAAUACUCAGACAUAGCCCUAAACCCAAUGCUAUCCUCGCAACCAGGCAAAUCCGCCGAACCAGCACCCUUCGAAGUCGUCCCGGAGCACCAGCUCGACUUCUCCUACUUCAAAGACCGCGCCGACUUCCGCGACGAAUUCGGCGGCGGCAUCUACGGCCGCCCAGAAGAUCUCAUGACAGAACGCUCCCAAACCCCGCGCUCAACCCUAGGCGGCGAAUGGUCCCCCAGCUCCUCCCGCGCCUCCUCGCCAGCCCCCUCCCUCCCCUCAAUCACCCCCUCAAAUUACACGAGGGCCACGUGCCCUCCGAUCCCACAGGCCUCAUCCACCCGGCCUUCCGCGUUCCCCUCUCCCGAGGCGACAGUGGCACUUCCGUGCCGGACGCCUGCACAAUCAGAUGUCAACCCGCUGGAUCGGUGGCGUACGCGUGGCUAUGGGCCUGUCGAGCAGGAGGACGAGCCUUCGCUUACUUCUUAUGAGGCGUACCGUUCUCGGCGGUAA